GUUUUUCCUUGGGGAGCCUCGGCUGUGGGCGGGGCGGGCGCUGCACUCUGCGCUCGCUCAGGAGCCUGCUGCCGCCCGGGUGGGCCGCUGAGAUUUCCGAGCAGCCGCCUUCCUCCUCCUCCUCCUCCUCCUCCUCCUGCUUCGAGGCUGAGGCUCCACACACCCUCCGGCCGGGGCCAAUGGGAGGCGCCGGGCAGGGCGCGUCACGCGGGAGCCGGCAGGGGAGGAUGGCAUCGCUGGCGAGCCUCAAGAAGCCACUUGGUUCCCGCGCCGGGUAGCCAGGCAGGGCCGCCUCCGCCUCGUCCUCGCCGCCCUCUCCGGCUCCGGGGCUCCGGGCCCCAGUCUCGCCGCGCCAUGAUCGCCUCCCACUUGCUGGCGUACUUCUUCACCGAGCUCAACCACAGCCAAGUGCAGCGGGUGAGGGCGCGCCGGGGCCCCGCCGAGGGACCGGCCGGGCUGGGCGAGGGAGCGGGGCGAGCACGUGGGGGCAGCUCGGGGGCCGCUCGGGAAACGGCGGCGCGAUUAUGGGCUCAGAGGGACGCGCGAGGAACGUUUGCUUGCUUUUCAAGCUGGAGCGUAAAAGCGGGGAAUUCCCGUCUGCGCGGGAGACGCGGAGAUCUCGUGAAAGGGAACCCAGGGACCUCUCGUCUUGGGUGGGUUGGGCGGCUCUGGGCGCCCCGUUUCCCGGGACAGGGGGAAGGGGCGGCGGCGGCGGCGGCUGCAGCUACGAUCUGACCACUGCGCGGAGAGAAAUAGGAUUAUAUUGGUGGGGUCUUUGAGCAAGGCGCUCUUUCCAGCUUCCACGUGGAAUGCAGAUGGGACAUUUUCUCCCCUUCCGUUGGGGGGAGGCUGGACUAUGGCCUCCCCCCCCAAUACUCAAGUCUGUUCCGUUCUCCAAACUUUCAUGUACUGCAGAGGAGAGCGCCGCCCUCCUCCACGACUAUCUGGAAGAAAUGGGGUCCCAAUCCUGCUUUUUCCUUCUCGAUAGUUACUCCCUUCAGUGGUUCAGGAUGGAGGGGGGAAAGUCCAUGCCGUGAUACGAUUGGAAGAAAGCCGCCCCUCCCCCCCCCCCCACAGCAUUUUGGGGCUACUCCUUCCCCGGCCUCUUCCAGUCUUUAUGAUGCCAGGAGCGGGUAGUGGUGAUGGAGGGAUCCCGGAUGAUCUCUCCCCCCCCCCGGCAGACAACAAAGGAAUCUGUUUUCACUUAAAAAUUACGCCCCGCCUCCUUGUGGCAUCCGCUUCCGUGGACCUCAGCCUCGAGGCAGUGACUUUUUAAAACCUACCUUUUUAGAAGCUUGCUUAGUUCUGAGAACUUUAGGCAUUGGGAAAACUUCUUUUUUUAGCCUAGCAACUCUGAGGGAGAGACUGGUGUGUGUGGUUGGAGCCUCGGGAGCAAGAUUAAUUGUAUUUAAAUACAGAUGACUUGAGUUUGCAGUAGCUUAAAAUAAUAGCAUGCCACAUGAAGAUUUAUAGAUGUGGACAUGCUUCUACAGAGCCUAUACUGAUGCAAAGCUUUUGUGUCGUAUUUCUUGAGUAAACCUGCGCAGGAUUGCCACCUGGUUCUGUGCUGGCUUUUCGUUUCCAAUGCCCAGGCUUAAUCUUGGCAAGGGGCAUGUGCAGAGUGGAGUGCAGCUGCCCGUAAUGAUGCAGUAUGCAUCCAUUUGGGGUUUUUAGGUACCUAUAAGGUUCCAUGUCAGCCGGAUCGUGACCUCUUGGCUAUCAAAUCUUGCAAAUGCCUUUCUGACACUGAGCAGCAGAUGGCCACGGAAGGCAACCUCUUUCAUUAUAGCUUGCUAGUGGCUUCAAUGUGCCAACACUCUGAGUGCCCACAGCAGCAGCGUUUGGACGUGGGUGACCUGCUGCCAGCAGGACCAGCCCAAACCCUCUGAUCCUCAAGGCAGAACAUCCAAAUGGCCCCUUUGACCAAGCAGCGUCAGGGGCAGGCUGUAGAGCGACUGCUGUGCAUGCAGAAGGUGCCAGGUACAGUCUCUGGCAUCUCCCAGUCUGAGGCCCUGAAUAGUCACUGCCAAUCAGUGUCAACAAUACUGGGCUAGAUGGACCAGUGAUCUGAUUGCUAUUUUGCAGGGAGACAUUUUCCUCAGCCUCUUCCCCAUCACAGUGAGUGGGGGGACUUGUACGCAGGAGGAUGUCCCCCGGGGGUUGUGCAUCCUGGCUCAGAUCUGCCUGCCCCCUCACGACUCUACUUCACAGUGUCCCAGAUGUGCUGCCUGCAGAAGCCACUUUGUCCUGCCUGCUGGCAAGCCUUGCUGGCUUGUGUGCAAACAGAGCUGAAGCAAAGCAGCUGUUGCCUCCCAACAGGAACUGAUGCAAGUGGGACACUUCUGCUUUUGGAUGGCUUACUAUCUAGAUCAGGGCAGUCUUAACUUUUCAUACCAAGUGAGAGUACUUGGAUACAAAACCCACGGCUGCACUCUGCCUUGCUGCGUGGUGCUGGUGGUGGGGAAGCAAGGCCAGAAUUUGAUGCCUGCAUGCUGCCUUCCCAAAGCUGGGAAAGCACUAACUAGGCUUUGGGAAGGUGGCCUGAGGGCUAGGAGGGGCAUAAGAUGUUGCUGAGGACUGCCAAAAAAAGGCCUCUGCUGCAUGGACCACCGUGAUCUAGAUGAUCCCUCAGACAGACACACACAGCCUGUCAAAGUCACACAGGGAAAGGGCUGCCUCUGCUGCGCUUUUGAUCUUGGGAAAACCUUUUCCACUCCUCUCUGCUCCAAUCCCUUCAUUCCAGUGUUGGACUGUUCCAGCUUUCCUCCUUCCUGUGACUCCAGAGUUGCUGAGGAAAAAAGAGCUGCUGGCAUCUCCCUUUUUCCCUUGUGGCCCAGGGCUGACUUAAGUUAGGAAAUCUUAGUGAGAAUUACUGUGGUACCUCUGGUUAUGUACUUAAUUUGUUCCAGAGGUCCAUUCUUAACCUGAAAUUGUUCUUAACCUGAGACACCACUUUAACUAAUGGGGCCUCGCACCGCUGCUGUACAAUUUCUGUUCUCGUCCUGAAGCAAAGUUCUUAACCUGAGGUACUAUUUCUGGGUUAGCGGAGUCUGUAACCUGAAGCGUCUGUAACCUGAGGUACCACUGUAUCAGGGUUUCUGAGGAGGAAAAGAUCCUUUUUGCAAAGCACGGGGCAGGGCAGAGAAGGUUUGCCCUUUGUGCCAGGGACUUCCGAAAAGCUGUUUUGAUAUUUUCUUCCCUCUCCUCUAGGUUUGGGGUGUGGGGAUGCCCUGCCCUGAUGGGAGGGGAAGCACCAUCCCGCCACAUGUGCAGAAGGUUAUUUGACACCAGGCUAAAGGGGUUCCUCUGCUUCCUUUCAUUAUUUGCUCUAAUUCUUUCUCUCCUCCCUUUUCUUGUGCAAGUCUCUAAAAUGUUACGCUGGUUUUAAUUUCUGUCUCUGGAGGAAUGUGCCUGCAAAUAUGCCAACACUGCAUAAUUCGUGUCUCCUUUUCUGACCUUGGGUUGAGAAAUAACAAAUGGAGAGCUCAUGUGAUCUCUUUCUAUUGCUACGAAAGUCGUUAUGACAAAGUUAUGACAAAGAUCACAGAUAGCAUCAGGGUUGGCUCCUUCUCAUUACAGCGUCCUUUGCCCACCUGCUGACCUCCAGACGUUUCAGACUGCAACUUGCAUCAGCACCAGGGGACACGUCAACAUCAUACAACCAUGUUGACUGGUGGGAAUUGUAUUCUGACCAGGAGGUUGGGGAACCCUCAAACCAUAUCAAGGGAGGAUGCCUUCUCCCUUGGUUGAGUGCUCAUUGACUCACUCCUCCAUCCUCAUCUGCCCAUCCAAACCUGCAAACAGACCCUACAUGUGGGUGAGGUUGAUGGGAAUUAUAGUCCAAGAGCAUUUGGAGGUCACCAGUUGGUGAAGGAUGUUCUAUGCGGAUGAAGAUGUAACAGAGGGAAUGUAGCAGAAUUGGCAUUCUUCUUUUUGAUGGUUUACUUAGUUGCAACCUGGGAACAGCCUGUAUGCCACAGCCUGGCCAUUCCUUUGAUCUUGUUAAUUGCUUCUCCCUGUGAAAUAAUAGUUUGUCCCUCCUUGUUGAGGAGAGAAGGGUCUGAACUUUUAACUAUUUUCUGUCCAAAGUGGGUCACUUUUGGAAGUGAUUCUUCCACUUAAAAUGGACCAUGCCUGCAGCAACCAGAUCUCAUUUGGAUAGGUGUAGUUUGGGACCCAGAAAAUAAGGAGGCAGGAAAGAAUGGGGGGGGGGAAGGUUGGGGGAAGGCACCCCCUUUCUUUUUGUUCAGGACACACCCUGGCAAACCAAACUGCUUGAACCUCAAUGGUGUUGCCUACCUUCCCUGCAGCACGUGGUGUGGAAGAAACUUUGGAAACGUAUUGCAUGCACUUUGUAGAGCCCUUAGUGCAAUCAGAGACACAGAACCCCCAAAGGGCAUCCUUUUGAGGUAGCCCCUGCAUCCUUGUUGGCACAUUAGAAAAGGUUGGAGAGCACUUGAGGGCAUCAAGUGAGUAACUGCUCUUAUGUAAUGUGGGACAAAAAGUCCCAGAUUCUUACCAUUCUAAUCCAUUGGGUUAGGGAUGCGGGUGGCACUGUGAUCUAAACCACUGAGCCUCUUGGGCUUGCUGAUCAGAAGGUAGGUGGUUUGAAUCCCUGCAAUGGGGUGAGCUCCCGUUGCUCUAUCCCAGCACCUCCCAACCUAGCAGUUUUAAAGCACGCCAGUGCAAGUAGAUAAAUAGGUACCACUGUGGCAGGAAGGUAAACAGUGUUUCUGUGCACUCUGCUUUCCUUUAUUGUGUUCUUUUGUGCCAGAAGCGGUUUAGUCCUGCUGGCCACAUGACCCGGAAAGCUAUCUGUGGACAAACGUCUGCUCCCUUGGCCUGAAAGUGAGAUGAGCGCCCCAACCCCAUAGUCGCCUUGUACUGGACUUAGCCAUCCGGGGGUCCAUUACCUUACCUUUUACCUUAAUCCAUUGUGUUAUUCAGACUUGACCUAGAAGCAUCUUGGAAGUACCAGAAAUGGGUAAGGCUAUUCCAGAGGGACCUGAUUGACCAAUUGCAGUUUUAUUGUGGUUGGUGGAAACCAGCAGUGUGCUGCUUCCAAAGAAAGAGGUGGGCAGGUAAAAAUCUCCAGAGGGUUCCAAAGCUGUAAACACAAAUCUCAGCUCAGUUGGUGGAACAUGAGACUCUCAAUCCCAGGGUCAUGAGUUCGAGCCCCAGGUUGGGUGAAAAUGCCCUUCAUUGCAGGGGGUUGGGCUAGAUGACCCUCGUGGUCUCUUCCAAUUCUACAGUUCUAUGAUUCUGUUUUCCAGCUUUCCCCAGGGUCUUUCCAGUUCAGAAUCCCAGUUCCUCAUGAACUGCCCUUGGGACAUGCCUGUUGAAACACUGCAGCCAUGUUAUAUAAGUCACUGACUUUUGUUGUUGAGCUAUAAACUCGGUUUUUCUGUAAUCAAGGGAUUCUGUAAUGUUUUCCCUCUUUUCUUAAUUAAUACUUGCCAGUGUUUAGGAAAAGGAUCUUCCCCAGCCCUUACUUAUGAAUGUGAUUCAUGGACAUUUAUGCUCUUGCAGAAGUUGCACCGUAAACUGAUGCAAUUCGAGGUGGAGGAGAUGCAAAGGAAAGUCAGUGGGAGAGCGCUUUUGGCUUAUAAUUUCUAGCAAUUCAGGGCAUCCAUUUGUGUUUACAUUGCUGGGAUAUUGCCAAAGAGGGCACCUGCACUGGCAUACCUAGAUCACUCUCAAAGUUGAGUUUCAUUGCCAAGAAGUUUAGCAUCAUUGAGCAGAGUCUGCAAAAAGGGCCUGUGAAUGAAGUCAUCUAUCCACAGAAUAGUUUCUAUAAUUAGAAGCACACUUACUAGUGAGUAAACCCCUGAACUUUGUGAGAAUUUGAGGGUAAAUGUGCAUAGAGAUGUGCAGUGAAGCAGCAAUCGUAUGCAGACUUCGCUUUGGAGCAAGCCCAAUUGAACUCAGUGAUAUUUACUUCUGAGUAAACGUGCAUAGAGGUGGACUAUAAUAGAUCCUUGCUGUGCCUCAAUCUUUGCCUGUUCUCUCUAAAGCUAGUGAUUUUGGUUGAGGGAAUCAAGCAAGCCAGCAAGUUGAGACAGGAUCGGAAUCCAAGUCUUUCAAAAUCUAAACCCUUCCUGGCAGAACCCAACCAAAACCUACAAAGAUGCUGACUAAGAUGAUGUUUGUGGGUCUAUAGCAGGUUGAUUAGUUUGUUGGGAUAGUUCUUAAGUUCAAAUCUGCUACAGUGGUACCUCGGGUUAAGUACUUAAUUUGUUCCGGAGGUCCGUACUUAACCUGAAACUGUUCUUAACCACUUUAGCUAAUGGGGCCUCCUGCUGCCACUGCGCCACCAGCGUGCAAUUUCUGUUCUCAUCCUGAAGCAAAGUUCUUAACCUGAAGCACUAUUUCUGGGUUAGCGGAGUUUGUAACCUGAAGCGUAUGUAACCUGAGGUACCACUGUACUUAACUUCGUAAGUCUAUCUACGUUUGAUAAAGAAGCACAGAAGAAGAAGAAGAAGAAGAAGAAGAGGAGGAGGAGUUUGGAUUUGAUAUCCCGCCUUUCACUCUCCUUCAGGAGUCUCAAAGCGGCUCACAUUCUCCUUUCCCUUCCUCCCCCACAACAAACACUCUGUGAGGUGAGUGGGGCUGAGAGACUUCAAAGAAGUGUGACUGGCCCAAGGUCACCCAGCAGCUGCAUGUGGAGGAGCAGGGAAGCGAACUCGGUUCACCAGAAUACGAGACUACCGCUCUUAACCACUACACCACACUGGCUCUCUAUUUUUGGAAAACCAAAGAAUUUUAAUUUUACCUUCUGGAAAUAUUAGGUAAUGCUAAACAACAACAACAACUGCAUGUAAUUGGCAAUCAUUUUUAAUGAUUUCUAUGCAAUUGUACACACAUUGUACUUACCAAGCAAAACUAAAUUACCGUAUUUUUUGCACCAUAACACUCAUUUUUUUCCUCCUAGAAAGUAAGGGGAAAUGUCUGUGAGUGUUAUGGAGGGAAUGCCUACGGGUGGCAUGCCUACGGAUUUCCCUCCUCUAAAAACUACGUGCGUGUUAUGGUCGGGUGCGUGUUAUAGAGCGAAAAAUACGGUAUAUUAAUUGAACCAAAAUAUCUUUUGAAUUCCCAAGUCAUGUUACAACUUUUUAGCACCCCUCAUUUUUGGAAGCUGAAAAAUUCAACAUGCCCUAUUCAUGCAGGGCUGUCUCCUGGGCCGACCUGGAGAUGAUGGGGACCUGCAUGUAGAGCAGUCGCUCGGCUGCUAAGCUACAGCCUUUCCCCUUUCAUUGUUGGCAGUGGCUGCUCUCCCUGCCGAAGGUGUGUCUGAAUGCCAUGAGGCUGCAGCCGGAGGGCCCAGGCUUCUGCUUGGUAAUUGGUUGCUAACUGUGUCCCAGCUAAGAGUUCAGACACAGGCGGUGGUGCUAGCCGAGGGGGGAGAUGAACCAGGGGAGGGAGGAACCCGACAAGCAGGAAAGUGACUCAUGUUCUGCUGUGAAAGGGCUUUGGGUAACUGUCAUGCUUCAUUCAUGAAGCUACAAGCAGGCCCAGUUUCUUCAGCCCUUGCUGCAGUAGGAAGUGAUCUAAAGGCCCGUGGCUCCCCCUCCAAGGCUCUCUGUGCUUCUUGGGGAUUGAUCCUAAAUCUUAGCUUGCUCACCUAUGCUUAACGUGUGGACCGUGGUGGGGCAACCACCAGGAAAGUACCGUAACUGUCAGAGCUCCUCCUCUUUAGCAUUUUAAGGCUAGUGCGGAACAUUAAUAUGCCAGGAUAUAUUGGUUGCUUGGGGCCACUUUAUCUUUCAGAGAGGGGCAGAGGAUGAUGAUGAUGAUGAUGAUUAAAUGAGGCUCCAGAGAACUCAAAUUAACCUGAAGCCGAAGAGCUGUGUGGCUCUCCAAGCAACAGCAGUUCUCAGAUGGGGUUUUAGCUGUGACUACAACUGUGCCAGCCCCACUUUUACCGGCCCAGAAUAUCGAAUGUUGAUUGGGCUGCAGUCAGCUUUCAGCCAUCAGGGGAACUUGUGUUGGGACACAUGGCUCUGGGAUCCAGUUGUUCUCAGGGUGGGGGUGUGCAAUGUGUUUCUCCACAUGGUUUACCUAAUUGCUGCCCGCUGACUUCUGCGGGACAGUGGGUUGGUGGCUGCAUCUGAGGGACUGGGCGAGUGACACAUGGCUUGUUUUGCCGUCUUUCUCCAUACUUUUCCCAUGAGCAUUUCUGCGGCGUUUCCAAAUGGGUAUUCUUACAUAAGGGCUUUGGGAGGUUGCUCCACAAACCUGGGAUGCAUUUGAGAGGUAGCAGCACAAAGUUAACAAGCACACUAUUGUUCAUCUUUGCCGUUUCAUAGCGGAGCAGAGCCACAAGCACCACAUGUGAUUCUUGUGUUUUUAAUUUUGGCAAUGUUUCCUUGAUUUUGCACAGAACAGCAGAAGGCCAGAUUUACAAGAAGAUGACAUACUUUUUCCCCCUUGAGUUGGCACUGUGGAAAUACUCUAUAACUCCUUGCAUGGGACAGGCUGGUCGCCUGGAAAGAUAUGUGAAAUGGGAGGAGGCAAGAUUUACAGGAAGCAGCCAGCCUUCCAACAAGUGUACAACCCCUUCAUACUCAAACCGGCAGAGGAUUGUGAAAGCCACGCCCAAAGUUCCUGUUCUGUGUCAUUUUUGCUCCUACAUGUGUAGAGAAAUGUGGUUUGUUCUGCAAGCACGUCUUGCCCUGCCCCUCGGUUGUUUGCGUCAUCUCUGAGAUGGGAUGGCAGCAGCAGUGCUGGCUCACUUGCCUGCAUAACACAAGGAGGCAUUUGGAAUUUUUGCAUUGUAUUGCGUAGAGAAAGUAGAGGAAAGUUUUUCUCCCUCUCAUAACAGUAGCAUCUGGCUAGCCCCUCCAGCUUUCUUAGGUAGUUAAGCAGAAGAAUUUGUUUAUUGCAUUUAUAGCCCUCCUUUUUCUCCAAGGAGUACAUGGUUCACCCCCUCCUCAGUUAAUCCCUACAACAACCCAGUGAGGUAGGUUAAGAGGCUGUGACUGGCCCAGGGCCACUCAGUGACUGAGUAGGGAUUUGAACCCUGAUCUCCCAGGUCCUAGUCUGGCACUCUAACCACUACUCCACACUGGCUUCCUGGAGUACCUCUGCUAUGGGGCAGCUAUAUGAAUUAAGUAAAUAAAUAAAUAUCAGAAAAGCAAAAUGUAACUCAGAGAAGGAUCUGAAAUAUUUUCCUUGAAGCUUGAAUUUGUUUUAUUCUGGAUUGCUUUGUUGGUGUUUCAAUGUGUUGUAAACCACUUUGAGAUUCUUUCUUUAAAACAUAAAGCAGUAUAGAAAUGAAAUGAAUAAUAACAACAAUAAUAAAUCUCACUGGGGGGAAAUGGUGCCUUGAGAUUCCUUUGUGGCAACCUGGGUUUAAGGUGCUAUUUGGCAACUAGAUUAUAUAUCUGCAUUUCUAACACUGCUUAUGUUCUUGUGGAAGCCUCAGGUGCUGGUGGGCUGCUCCUCCACCUCACACCAAUGUGACACCCUCUCGUUGCUUCCACUUGUGGCCGAGAAGGCUCUCUAAGAGGCAGCAAUUGCACGGGCUGCACCUGUUGGAAUUCCUUCCCUGGGAGAGGGAGACUUUCCGCUCCCUGGAUGUCAGUUGACCAUUCAUGUCUCCCUUUUCCUUCUGUGGAGGGCAGCUUUUUCUAAGCCUUGCCUUGUGUUUGCUUAACCUGGCAGGCUCUGGGGUUUUUCUGCGUUCAAUAAUUUCCUCCUUGGAAGUUGCCCAGACUAAGCCGCAGCAAGGACAGAGUUUCCCCUUUCAUUGACAUAUAUUGUGUCUCUGUGGAGUUGCAGCAUAUGGAAUUUGAGAUCCGGAUGACUCAACCUCUAGCUUAGCUUUUAGCUCUUUCAUCGCUGGGGAUCUUUUCUGUAAAACUAAACAUUGCUACCUCGUGUCGUGAGGGAGGAAUUCAGAAGCCGAGGCCUGGGCAAGAUCUGGCAUUCCUUGACCUGCCUUUCCUGUGAGUCCUGCUUUCUGGACUCUUGCCUCGUAGCCCUCCAACUUCCAUGCUCUCGCCCACAUCUUCUGCCCUGACUUGUGAUCCCCGAUGGCUCUCUUUUGUGGAAACCCGGAUCUGUGAGGCAGAAUGCACGGUGCAAUUAUUAAGCAAAUAUUUGCACGGCUGUUUAAUGACUAGCCCUGAUAUGAAAUCAGACAAGCAGAACUGGAUCAGUUCCUCUGUGAACCACAUGAAGUGGUGCGGUCAUUAAUUUCCAUAAAUCUAUACUGAAUAGAGCCUAGCUGUAUGCAACAAAGGCAGUCUGCACCUGACUUCUGCAACCUGGCGCCCUCCAGAUACUUUGAACUACUACUCCUGUCUGCCCCAGUGCUAUAUGGCCCUGCUAACUUUCUGGGGUUUCAGGCCGUAGGACAGGGGUAGGCAACCUGGUGCCCUCCGGAUGCUGUUUGUUACUUCCCAUCAUCCUUGAGCACUGGCCAUGCUAGAUGAGAUUGGACCUGGGACCUUCUACAUGCAAAGCAGGUGUUCUGCCACUGAGCUACAGCCCUUCCUCUCAUACUUCUGUUCCUUUGCCCACUUCUGUUCCCCACUCAGCCUCUGCCAAGCUGAUGGGCCAGACAAGAUUUGGCCAAUUGUCCACAUUGCCCAAUACCUUUUGUAAGAAGAACAGUUUGUUUUUCAAUGUUUUGUUGUUAGAACAGGAACAAUUCUCAGUACUCAAUAGGCUCGAUACUUUUGCUAAUUGUAGAGACAAAAGGAUCAACACUCGCCCCUAAUGCUGAGACUUCAGAUGGUGCAGAUAGGCAUGGUUUUAUUCUGAGGGCUCACUUUAAAAACACACGCCCGUCUAGUGCAGAACCCUGCUGUUGCAGUGUGCAACCACUUGCUGUUUCUGGGAAGCCACAGCCAAGCCCCACAGCAGCAUUUGCCCCUGCUGUGCUUGUCAGCAGCUGGUCUUCAAAGACAUGCUGCCUCUUCCAAUAGGGGAGGCAGAAUGUAGUUGUGUAAAACACUGGCCACUUUCCUAGAGGCAUAGAGAUCCCAUGAUCAGCUUUCCAGCUUUCACUGUCUUUUGACGUGGGCAAUAAAAUGCAUCGUGCCCUUUUCUCCUCAGGCAAGACGGCCCCUGGCACACCCAGAGGCUCCCAACCGGAUUCCAACGAAGCAGCGGGUUCUUGCAGAGCUGAUGGGCAGCUCUAGGUUUCGUCAGUCUCUGAAAUGUUCCGUCUUUAUAGCGUAGCACAUAAAAGGACAAGCUCAUAGGAAACACAGGUCCAUGUAUAACAGCAGAGCUGUUGCAACAAGCUUUCCUUGGAUUCGGGGAAAAGGGUCAGACUUACCUUGUGGCUCUCUCACGGCAUCUCUGAGGGGUCUGUGGCGGACUGAGAUCACCAAAGACUCAAGGAUUAGUGCUGUUGAGAUGUCUCUUUCAAAUGUCAAAUUGACUUCGCUUUCCCCUCUCCUCCCCCAGAUUGACAAAUACCUCUACCACAUGCGGCUUUCAGAUGAAACCCUGCAGGAGAUCUCAAAUCGGUUCCGGAAAGACAUGGAGAAGGGCCUUGGGGCGGAUACCAACCCUACAGCCUCCGUGAAAAUGCUGCCGACGUUUGUGAGGUCCACCCCAGAUGGAACAGGUAAACAGCCACCACCCAGGAAAGGGUUAAAUUCCUGAGCUCUGGGACCCAUCUUGAUUGACAAUGCUCAGCUAUGGAAGAUCAUAGAACCUUGGAAAGGGCCCACAGGGUCAUCUAGUCCAACCCCCUACAAUGCAAUGGGAGGUGACGAUUAAACAGGAGAGUGUCUCUGAGCACGUGCCAAGUGUUUUUUCCUCCAUGUAACUGAGACGGUUGGCAGACAUGAUUCUCUGCAACCACUGGCCACUUUCUAAAGAGACAAGCUUGACCUUCAGCCUCUGAAGCCUGCUGUCCACAAAGGGUGGCGUGAGCUUCCAAAUAACUGUUCCUUUCUGGCCUCCAUUGCUGGUCUCUUGGCUCUCGUCCACUUAAUAGUUUCAAGUUCAAGAAAGAAAACAGUUUUUAGGGAACUAAAAGUAAUUUAGGAGGUUUUUAUUUAUGUGUUUGUUUUAUGCCCCACCUUUCCUCAAGUUCAAGGUGGCAGACAUGGUUUCCCCCUCCCCAUUUUUCCCUCACAACAAUCCUGCGAGGUAGGUUAGGGUAAGAGAAGGGGACUGGCCCAGGGUCUGCUGGUAAGUAGUGGAAUUCCCAAACCGCGGUGUCUCCCAAGUCAUAGCCUAGCACUCUAACCACUACACCAUGCCUUCUGCCUAUGUGUUUGUGUAUACAUGCACACAUAUAUUAGACACACUGGAUUUGCUCACUGUUGCCUCUGGUCUGACAGGUUUUGCAAGUUUUUGAAACGAUGGGGAAAUGUGCAGAGCCUCUUCACCUAGAGGCGAGAGGGCAGUGAGCCUGCGCAGUCUGAGCAGAUGUCCUACUAUUCUGUGUCCCCUUCAGCCCUGCAGAAAAGCCCCCAGCCCCCCCCCCAUGGUCUCUCGUGGACUGCACCUCUGGGAUGUUAGGUCUGAAUUACUCUCAGGCAACAGGGGAACAGAAAGCCUUUCAGUCAGCACCAAAGCUGGCUUCAGUCAGGGAAGUUGGAUUGUUUGAUGGUUAGCAGCCAAACUGACCCCCUGAAGUUCAGGAAGUCAUGGGCUGGAAGCCUCCAGCUUCUCUGCCAGCUCUUUAGUGGGACGUUUCCUGUAAACAUCCUUUCUUGGCUUUCUGCUGUUUCCUCAACCUGGUGUCUUCCCAAUGCUUUGGGCUUCCAUUCCCAUCAGCCCCGGCAGUGUUGCUGUGCUUCCCAAGUCAUAGGAUUGUAGAGUCGGAAGGGAGCCCCAAGGUCAUGUAAUUGAACCCCCUGCAAUGCAGGAAUCACAGCUGGUCACUCCUUGUUUUCAUGGCUGGGGUGGGAGAGAUUUUUCACUCAAUACUUCAAAGGUUUGCACAUGCGCUUAGGUCCAGUAAAGAGACCAUUAGGGACCUUUGCCCGUCUCACAAGGACAGAGAGCAGAAAUAAAUACUGUUAAAGCAGGUUGAAUGUGGCAUGAGGCAGGGCUCUAUCACUGAACUUGUUAGAAUCAAAGAAUUGUUGAGUUGGAAGAGACCUCGAGGACAAACCGAUUUCUGGCUUAUAUGUAUUCUUUUGUACUGUAGUAAGUUAGCUUAAUCAUUGUUACUGUGGACCAGAUAUACAGCGGACGCUUGGGUUGCGAACGUGAUCCGUGCGGGAAGCAUGUUUGCAACACGCAGCACCGCAUCUGCACAUGCGUGGGUUGCGAUUCAGCACUUCUGCGCAUGUGCAAAGCUUGAUUUAGUGCUUCUGUGCAUGCGCAAGUGCCGAAACCCGGAAGUAACCCAUUCCAGUACUUCCGGGUUCGGUGCUGUGCACAAUCCGAAAUCACGCAACCCGAAGCGUCUGUAAUCCAAGGUAUGAACUGUAGUAGGAGAUAUGUGCCAAACCCCCCCCCCCCAUUUUUAGCUAUUAUAAUAUUAGCAGCAGUCAUAAGGUUAGACACUGUUUCAUGACCAUUUCCCAGAAUAACAUCUUUUCGAUAACCAGGCAGAAAUAUUUCAGGUGCCAUGGGUAUAUGGGCUCCUAAGGUGCCGGAGAUAUUGGCCUGAGCCGAUUUCCAUAAUAUUUCUAUUUGAGAACAAUUCCAAGAGAUGGGUAUGUAAUCUGCAUUAUUCAGUUCACAUCUCCCACCCUAACUUAGAUAUUAAGUUCCAUUUAUAAGGCGUUGAAUACCAUUGAUGAAGGGCUGCAAAAUAGUUUUCCUUUAGGUCUGCUGGAGUUAGAAUAGAUGUGGGGCAGGGGCAUUUUGCAAGUGUGAGAAGGUGAGCGGAGCAUCCUAAGGAAGGUGGGAGAAUUACAAGGCUUGGGGCUGAAGGGCAGGCUGGGAUAGUCUUGUCUUGCUGACUUGGCACCAGGAUCUUGACUUGGCACUGGGCUCUUGUGUUCUCGGAAAGGGGCUGGCGGCUGGUCAGAAAUGUCCCCUGCAUUUGACCCCUCCACAUGUUUCUGCUGCCACCCUCCCCCCUCAAAAGCAAGGCCCGGGGUGCCUGGGUUUGGGGCCAGCUGGCUUCUAAGAAUUGCCUGGAUGAGAACCCUGAGGAGAGGCAGCUCCCUGUCUGGCUGGAGGAGCAGGCUGCCCACAUGAACUGUUGCAACACUGGAACCUCCUCUUGAGUUGGCAGAGAGACAGGCCCAGAAAUGGGGAAGGGUCAUCUGGAGGUGGACGAGGGCCAAGGAAUGUGCUGCUUCUGCAAGGAGCUCCAGAUGGUUAUCUAGGCUUGCAAAGCAAGAAGGGAGAAUUUCCGCUCAGGAAACCAAGCUGGGAAGCCUUUGUAAAUGGGGUGGGGUGUGGGACGGUGGAACAGGCCGAUGACCACCACCCAGAAAAGGGCUCACUGAGCCAGGUCUGAGCUCCACAACCUGUGUGGAUCACCAAUGCUCAGCUUUGAAAGAUCACAGAAUUGUUGGACUGACGAGUCAGAAGGGACCGAAAGGGUCAUCUAGUUCAACCCCCUGCGACGCAAUGGGAGGCGACAAUAAAAAGGGAGAGUCUCUUUGAGCAUGCACCAAGUGCUUUCUCUACAUGUAACUCAGACUUGUCAGCUGACACGUAUCCCUCAGCUGCUUUCUAAAGAGAGGGCCCCAGCUAUGGGCCUCUGAAGCCUCCUGUCCCAAAAAGAUGGAGAGGACUUCUUUCAAAUAAUCUUGUUCCUUUCCAGUCCUCUUCGCUGGUCUCUCUGCCCUCGUCCCACUUAAUUGCUUCAUGUUGGAGUCAGAAAAUAGUUUCAGGGAGUUGAGUUGGGCCUUGAGUUGGCAGGGGAACAGUCCCACACAUGAGGAAUGGUUGUUUUAAGACAGACGAGGAUCAAGGAAUUUGCUAUUUCUGCAAGGAGUGUCAGGUGCCUAUCUAGGCUUGUAAAGCAGCAAGGGAGAAUUUGCUCAGGAAACCAAACUGGGAAGUUUUCGUAAAUAGGGGUUAGGGAAAUAUGUGUCUCUCUCUCUGCUCUCAGUUGAGGGCAUUUUCAGCCAUAUCAUAGAAUUGUAGAAUUAGAAGGGACCCCAGGGGUCAUCUAGUCCAACCCCUGCAUUGCAGGAAUCUCAACUAAAGGCCAUCCAACAUUUGCUUAAAAACUUCCCAUGAAGGAGAUUUCACAACCUCCCGAGGAGACCGUUCCACUGUUGAACAGCUCUUACUGUCAGAAAGUUCUUCCUGAUACUUUCUUGUAACUUGAAUCCAUUGAUUCAAGUCCUAUCCUCUAGAGCAGGCAUAGGCACACUCCGGCCCUCCAGAUGUUUUGAGACUACAAUUCCCAUCAUCCCUGACCACUGGUCCUGUUAGCUAGGGAUGAUGGGAAUUGUAGUUCCAAAACAUCUGGAGGGCCGGAGUUUGGCAGAACCCAAUAAAAAACUACAAAGAUGUUGACUAAUACGAUGUUUGUGGGUCUAUAGCAGGUUGAUUAGUUUGUCAGGGUAGAUCAGGCAUAGGCAAACUCGGCCCUCCAAAUGUUUGGGACUACAAUUCCCAUCAUCCCUGACCACUGGUCCUGUUAGCUAGGGAUGAUGGGAAAUGUAGUUCCAAAACAUCUGGAGGGCCAGAGAUUGCCUAUGCCUGCUCUAGAGCAGGAGAUAGACAAGUUGGCUCCAUCUUCCAUGUGACAGCCUGUCAGGGAACUGACAUCGGAGCUAGAGGCGGAGGGAAGGCUCUCAAAUGAUGCUGGAGAAGGGCCCAGCAGGGAGAGAGGCAGCUCAGCAGAUGGGGAAGCAAAUCAGCGCAACACCAGGGAUAAAGAGGGGCAGAUGGGGGAAUCAGCGAGAGGGCUCCAGGACUCUUCACCGGACACCAGCGAGGAGAGCACGGGUCCUCCGCUACCCACACCCUCCCUGCGCAGAAGGCUUCCGCGCAGGGAGAGUAGGAGGAGACUUGGCGUCAAACAACUUUUAUGUUGGAAAAGGUUUAAGAAACGCCCACUGACGGAUUCUGCUAGCGACGGAGGCAGCCACGAAGUGAAGGGCUGUCCAGACAGAAAGGUUUAACAAGGCAACAUAGCCAGGAGAGGCGGCAACUUACGCACGAGCAACCCAUACUCAUUACACAGCCCUUCAGAUAUUUGAAGAUAAGUACCACAUCAUUUCUCAGUCUUCUCAUCUGCAUGUUGCACAUUCCCAACUCCCUCAACCAUUCCUCACAAGGCUUGGUUUCCAGACCCUUGAUCAUCUUAGUUGCCCUUCUCUGCACACCUUCCAGCCUGUCAAUAUCCUCCCUAAAACUGAACACAAUACUCCAGGUGUGGUCUGACCAAGGCAGAAUAGAGCGGGACUAUUGUUUCCCUUGACUGGAACACUAGAUGUUUGUUGAUGUGUAUGGAUAUUUAUUUAUUUAUUACAUUUGUAUCCCACAUUUCCUCCCAGGAGCCCAAGGUGGUGUAUAUAUAGUUCUCCUAUUCCUCCUCCUCAUUUUAUCCUCACAAGAAUCCUGUCAGGUAGGUUAGGCUGAGAGUGAGUGACCAGCCCAAUAUCGCCCAGUGAACUUCAUGUCUGAGUGGAGAUUUGAACCCUGGUCUCUCCUACUGCCUCCAGCUGGGGGCAUAUUUGCUGCCUGGGGUGAAGAAUGGGCCAGUGGCCCAUCUGGUCCAGCGUCCUGCUCUCAAAAUGGCCAGCCUGGACUCCCUACAAGCCCACAGGCAAGGCUAUGGUUUAGCUAACUUUAUGGUGCUGCUGCAGGAAAAAAGCAGGCCCAUGGUAUCUCCCAUGGGGAAAGCAGAGCUGAUCUCUGCAAAAACACAGCCCUAAUUCUGCACUUUCCAAGAAGAUGACAGACAUGCAGCGGGGAGGGGGCUUAACACCUCCCAUGCCUGCCAGGCCUCCUUGGCAAAAAGUCCCUUGAUGUCAUCUGCCGCCCCAACCCAGCGGGCUCCACUUUCAGUUUAAGAAUCUGGCUGUGUGAGAGUGUGAGAGAGAGAGCUAAAAUGGCAAACGGGGAUGAUUUGCUGGGGGCAACUGUUUGGGGAAGGGUUAAGCAAUUCUCCCACCCCAUAUCUAGCCCACUAGUUCUCCCUGGCACCAGCCCCUGUUUCUCCUUUGCAGCCUUGAGUUCUGCUCUCAGAGACCAGGGGGCACACCAGGGCCUUACACCCAGGCCUGGGUGCUUGGACGUUGUCAUAGGAGAGCCUGCCAACACGAUGAGGGGAUCCCCGUAGGAAGCUGAACGUAUCUACGGCAGGAAUCCCUUGCCAUGAGAAGGGCUGUUUUGAUGCUCUCCUUGCCAGCUGGCCUGCAACUCUGAAGCAGGAAGGCAGUGGGAGAACUCUGCAUGGAUUCAGCCCAGGCUUGGGGUCAACAGGGUUCUUCCUUUCCCCUCCCUGAUCUGGGGUGGGUUGCCGAGGCCCCUGGUCAGAGAGUAUUAAUUUCGUAUCUCCUGCUUGCCCUCUUCUCUACUGGCUUUCUUCCAUAACUUGCACGCUGUUGUCGAAAUGCAGAGUGACUCUGGUGUAUCGGUUUCUGGGCCCCCACAUUGAUUCCUAGGAGCAAGAUGCUUUGUAGGGUUUCUUAAAUCGAGGAUUGCAGAAAAGAGAUGUUGUUAUGUACAUCAGAUGGGUUUCUAAGCUUUAGCAGGGUGCAGUCCACUGGGAAGCUUCUGUACAUGUCAUAGAACUGUAGGGCUGGAAGGGGAAUCAUUUAGUCCAACCCCCCACAUGGCAGCAAUAACAGGUAAAGAGCCCCUGACAGUCCCAUUUCUCAUGGAUGUAAGCCCCCCAUGCACAGUGGAUUGAUGUCAGUGAGGAAUGGGGUCAUGGCAGCCUCUAAUUGAUGUCUGAUUGGUUGAUUGUCUGCAUGAACACCAUAUGGCUGGAGCCCUCUUCACAAGACCUGGAACUGCAGAAUCACAGAGUUCCUGGUCUUGCCAACUUGCCUUUUCUGCAAGGAGAAUUGGAUGCUGAGAGAGGCUCUUGAGAAGCCAAAAUGAGCCUGCGGGAUCAGACCAGUGGCACACCUAGUCCACCACCUUGUUCUCACAGUGGCCAGUCAGAUGCGUAUGAGAAACCCACAAGCAGGAUUCAAGCACAAGAGUCCUCUCCUCUCUCUGGUUUACAGCAACUGGUAUUCAGAAGCUCUGCAGCCUCUGUGCCUGUGGAGGCACAGCAUAGUUAUCAUGGCUGGUGACCAUGGCUGGUAGCUUCUCAAUAAAUGUCUUCCAGCAGCUGCCCAGGCAAAUCUAGUUCACCAUCCAGGGCUUCUUACGUCAGGGAGUGAAACAAUCCCCAUCUUUUCUUUUUUCUUUUCCCCUGCAGAGGAAGGUAACUUCUUGGCCUUGGACCUCGGUGGCACAAACUUCCGGGUCCUGAGAGUCAAGGUGGCUGAUAAUGGCAGCAAGAAAGUAGAGAUGGAGAACCAGAUCUAUGCUAUCCCUGAGGAUCUUAUGCGGGGCAGCGGAGUGCAGGUGAGUUGAGCUGCCUUCUCUUGGCCAUCAGGAACCUUUUAGCACCAUUGCUCUUUCCUGUUGAAAAAGGAAGCUAAAUCAGGGACGGUCGUACUUCCAAAGAUGGGGAAGCAGUGGCGAAGGACUGCAGAGAUAGGACCUCAGCAACCACGCUUAAGUGGCUGUUUAGAUCUCCUGGGCCCAGGACAAUUUGGCUUUAAAAGGGAAAAGCAGCACCUUGACUUGAGCUUGGAAACAAGCUUGUCAUUUGAGGGCACAAAAUUGUCACCUGCUCCAGUCAGCUGCUCAGAGACUUUGCUUGCCUUCUCUUAAUUUCACACGAUUUGUGAUGGCUUCUUGGUCAUUUGUGCAAAUUCUCAACUCUUAGGGAAGCUGCUUAGAAACAGAGGGAGUUCUUAAAUCGCACUGUUUCCUUGUGAUGAAAUGUUUUUGGGGAAGCUGAUAGGAUCCAGAUUCAUUUUCGAAUCCUUUGACAAACGAUUUCCAAGUCAUUCAGGUUAAGCGGCAGUACAAAAAACAAAACAAAAAUAGUGUUUGCAAAUUUUCUGCUCCAAAAAAGGGUCCAGAAUUCUGCAGUUUAGAAUGAAUGUUUUAUCGUUAGACUCCAGCUGCCAAGUUCUGGUUUCAAUGGAUGUAUAUACUGUGUGUAUAGUAUAGAAAUAAAUAAGGUGGGUCCUGAUGCCACCGUUGUCUGACCACAGCCGGCCUUCCUAAGUGUGUGUCUCAUUCUCCGCCCCUCAGCUCUUUGACCACAUUGCUGAAUGUUUAGCUAACUUCAUGGACCAACUGGAAAUCAAGGACCAGAAACUCCCUCUGGGCUUCACUUUCUCCUUUCCUUGCUUCCAGACCAAACUGGAUGAGGUAAGCUUGCGACUCAAGUUCUCCUGGGAUUCGUGAGAGAGAUGGUAAAGGCUCCAGGAAUUCUGGAGGAUUUCCUGCUUUAAACUUUGCCUCCUCCAUGAAUUCAAUUAGGAGGCUUUGGAGAAGCUAAUUUCUUGGCACCUGAUUUGCAACAUAUGUGGGUAAUAAUUCUGGUCUGCCCCGUAGGGCCAUUGUAAGAACUUACUAAGAUGAUGUACAUGGAAUACUUUCAAACAUUCAUGAUAUUAAGAAUAGUUAACCCAUGAGGAGGGUGUGUCAGGCACUUUUUGGAGCUCGGGACUUUUGUGUAGAGGAGAAAUGGCUGUUUUGGGUGAUAGAAACUGGGCUGGCUUCCCAUUAGCGGCAGCACAAAUGGAAAUGUUACGAUGAUUAUUUUAUUUAUUUAAUAGAAUUCAGUACAUCACUUGAUUGUAAAAGAACCCAACCAACCCUCAAAGCAAUUUACAAAGAAAAUAAAACAAUACAGCUAUCAGUAAAAACAACUCUUUAAAACAUUUAAAAGAUAGAAACAGUAAUAAACUAAAAACAGAUUAAAACCUACAUUAAGCUUGCCUAAGCAAAAACGUUUUUCUCAAGUGCUGUAAAGAGUGCACUGAAGGCGCCUGCUUGAUGUCAAGAGGCAGGGAGUUCCAGAGGACAGGUGCUGCUACACUGAAGGUUUGAGUUUUUACAAAUGCAGAGCAGGUAUCAGGUGGCACCUAGAGCACUCCCAGCUCUGCCAGUUGAAGUGGCUGAGUGGGCAUAUGCGAGCAAGGUGAUCUCACAGGUUUUUAUUGUGAUCUUUACCCACUCUUCCCAGGGCUGGUCCCAGGGCAGGUUUGAAAUUCAGUAUUCAAAAGUUGAAACAAAUUACAGUCCCAGGAGUUGGGUGGCCCAGGUAAGUCACAUCUUGCUUGGGGAUUAUGUUCCAGGGAAGGCGCAUGUACAUAGAAACGUGUAUACUCAAACCAUUCCCUUGGAACUGCCUCCUUCUUUAUGGGAAAACCCCACGCAAAAAGUGCUUCUAAGCUCUCUGCCUUCCAUGCAUUUUACCUGAGCUAUUUCAACCGGCCAGCCUUCAACUGUGUAAAGCUGAAAUGGCACAAGUUAAAGGUGCAUUAAGUUGUGAGGUCCCUGUGUUACAACUACGGUGUGGGAAAGCUCUCUCUGCUUUGGAAACUGAACCUCUGUUUCUCUCCCCUGGCUGGCCUGCAGUUCCUUAUUUCCUUUCCUCUUUUUCUCAAACAGAGCGUCCUCGUGACAUGGACCAAGGGAUUCAAAUCCAGUGGUGUGGAAGGCCGGGACGUUGUGGGCCUCUUACGGGAAGCCAUAAGAAGACGAGGGGUAAUCUAAGCUUGUUGCUGUCUCUAAGAUAGUUUUUGUGUGUUGUUGUUGUUGUUGUUGUUGUUGUUGUUGUUACUGUUACAUUUACCGUAUAUACUCGAGUGUAAGCCAACUCAAAUAUAAGCCGAGGCACCUAAUUUUACCACAAAAAACUGGGAAAACUUACUGACUUGAGUAUAAGCCGGUUUACCACACCACAAAUCUCCUGGUGGGCCGGAGUGCGUGUGCGUGUGUGUGUGCAUGCUGGUGGCAGCAAAGGCGGUGGAGGAGGAAGGAGCAGCCCAAAAGGGACCCUCACUCGAGUAUAAGCUGAGGGGGGCUUUUUCAGCAUAUAAAGAUGUGCUAAAAAAGUCGGCUUAUACUCGAGUAUAUACAGUAUAUCCCACAUUUUCCUCCAGAGAGCUAAAAGGUGGCGUACAUUGUCCUGCCCCUCCUCAUUUAAUCCACACGACAACCCUGUAAGGUAGGUUAGGCUGAGAAACUGUGACUGGCCCAGGGUCACCCAGUGAGCUUCAGGGUUAAGUGGGGAUUUGAACCCUGAUCUCCUGGGUCUUGGUCCAGCACUAUGACCACCUCACUCUGCCCUCUCUAGAGCCCGGCAGCUGAAUUCCUCCCGCUUCUCUGGAGCAGCAGAAAACAACCUUUCUCCCUCCUCUAUAAAAGGAUGUCACAUAGAGGAGGGAGAAAGGUUGUUUUCUGCUGCUCCAGAGAAGCGGACACGGAGCAAUGGAUCCAAACUACAAGAAAGAAGAUUCCACCUAAACAUUAGGAAGAACUUCCUGACAGUAAGAGCUGUUCGACAGUGGAAUUUGCUGCCAAGGACCUCCUUCUUUGGAGGUCUUUAAGCAGAGGCUUGACAACCAUAUGUCAGGAGUGCUCUGAUGGUGUUUCCUGCUUGGCAGGGGGUUGGACUUGAUGGCCCUUGUGGUCUCUUCCAACUCUAUGAUUUCCCCCAGUGUGUUGGAGGUGGCAGGGUGCAUGCAUGGCUGCCUGUGGAAUCAAUGGCCGUGAGAUGGUCGCUGGAUGAGCAGGAGCGAUAGGCCCACUUCUUCGGCCAUGCCCAGUCCUUGGUCCUCUCUGGCAUCUUCAGGGAGGGCUGCAACCUGGAGAACCACUGCGGGUCAGUGUUGACACUCGCUCAGCUAGAUGGGCCAUUUCCACAGGAAGCUGCCUUCUCCCGAGUCUGAGCAUUGGUCCCUCAAGGUCGGUGUUCUCCUCACUGGCUCUGCAGGAUUUCACACAAGAGUCUGUUGCUGCACCACCUGGAGGUUCCAGGUGGACACAGACAGUGAACUGGACCAUGCCAUAACAGACACCAACAUGGCGGCUACUCCAUACACCUCUCGUAUUAGGCAGCUGCCACUGAAUACCAGUUUCUGGGGGGCACAAGUGGGCGUCUGCCUCUGCCCUCCAGUCCUGCUUAUGGGCUUCCCAAGGGACUAAGGGGGCCUUUGGCCUGAUCCAGUUGCAAAGCUCUUCUUGCCUCCUCCUGAGCUUGUCAGCUUGGUGGAGUUUCAGUUUCCCCUUGCACUUGGUGGGGUGGAGGCCUGUGUGUGAGGGCCCCCGGCCCCCAUUCCCUUCCAGAUGCCACAUUUUAUUCUUACUUUUUUGGAGUCAGGACAUCGCUAGAUGUUCAUGGUGCCUCGCCCCCCCUUGUGCAAAGUGCCUUGGGGGUUUGGGGCUGUGGUGUGGGGUGAGCAGGGCCUGGGACUGACCCAUCCAGACAACCAGCUCUUUCCCCACCCAGUUUCUGGAGCCUCAUCCUGGAGGGGGAAAUGUGGGUGGGUGUUUCUGUUUGCGUGGGUGUGAAUGAAGUGAAAAGCAGCACAGUAUAUGCAGAAGAGAUUUAAAUAAGAAAGAAGAAAACCUGAGACACUUAGGAAAACCAAAUCACACAUUGCACUGUGGAGAGGGGGUUCUAUGUGCCUGUAUCUGUGGUAGAUAAGUUAAAAUCCCACCAAAGAGCAUAUAAUUCUUUGGGAUCCUCUGAGUCUUUGAGUUAAUUUAUGAGUUAAUUUUUUUUCAGCUAAUGCCAAACUCCACAUAUUUUUAUACCAAAGCAAAAGUUGCACAUCCUGUAAGGUUUUCCAUUUUAGGGCAGCUGAGGUUCUGGCAGCCACCAGCCUCCAGGUCAGGAGUUCUUGAGAACUGAAAUAUUUCAGUUGAUCACCCCCCACCCACACACACCCAGAAGCUGAAAUAGGAUAUUUGAGUAUUUUGGACAUUUCUUGACAAACCAUUGUUCAGAAUUUGAAUCAACGGUGGCCUUUUCCAACUUCCUGCUCUGUAGGACUUUGAGAUUGAUGUUGUGGCUGUGGUGAAUGACACCGUUGGGACAAUGAUGACCUGCGGCUACGACGAUCACAACUGUGAAAUCGGGCUGAUUGUUGGUAAGAAGUCUGCGGGGAGAGGAGGGCAGGGACAUUUCCCCUACCUUUGGAAAGCACCUGAAUUUCCUGCGUACCUGAGGCCAGCCUGCUUCUUAUGUUAUUUUGUAAUAUUUGUCUGUAUUUACUUGUCUGUAAAACAAAACAAACCUCAAAGCGGUUUACAAUUAAGAUAAAACAAUAAAAUUAACAUCCAGAAGAAUUAACAACAGUAAUUUAAGACUUUCCGAAAAUAACAAUAGACUAAAAAGAGGUUAAAAUGCAAAUAAACUUUCUAAACAUCUGAAUAGGCUUGUCUGAACAAAAAUGUUUUUAGGACACACUGAAAAUAGUACAGUCAGGGUGCCUAUCUGGUAUCAAUAGGCAGGGAGUUCCAAAGUGUAACUACUGUCAGACUAAAAGAUUGAGUUCUUACAAAUGCAGAAUGUGCAUUUUGUGGCACCUAUUGCAUUGCUAGUUCCAACGAUCAAAGCAGUCGAGGGGGCACAUAUGAGGUAAGGUGAUCUCAUUUGUCAAGUGGUCCCAAGCUGUUAAGGGCUUUAUAUACUAAUUUGUAACACCUUGGACUUGAUCCAGAAGCAAACCAGCAACCAGUGCUGAUCUCUGAGCACAGGGGUUUGAUGCUGACACAGCCACACUCCUGUCAGCAAUUGCGUUGCAGCAUUCUGCAUUAACUGCAGCUUCCAGAUCAAGUGUGAGGGAAGCCCCACACAGAGCGCAUUGCAGCAGUCCAGAUAGUUUGAUCCCUCCAUCUCACACGCUGUCUUUUGACCUGCCAAAAAUAUGUCUUAGAAAGUAGUGGCGGCUUUUAUUUAGUCUCUUCUGGUACUUUGCUUGCAGUCGCAGAGCCCCAUGAGUGUUCCGGGCCAGAAAGGCCAGGAAAUAAAGCAGGGGCAGGGGAACAGGACACCGUCCAGCCUCCAGAAGUCAACCUGGCCAACAGCCAGGGAUGAUGGGGGCUGUCCCUCAGUGGCAUCUGGAGAGCACUGUACUGGCUGCCCUUGAAAGUAGGAAAAGGGUGGGAGGCUCCAGCUGCAGGUUUUCCACUUUCAUGGACUCUCCUAAUCUCUCUCUCUCUCUCCCCCUCCCUCCCUUUAGGUACAGGUAGCAAUGCUUGCUACAUGGAGGACAUGCAGCACAUUGACCUUGUGGAGGGCGACGAGGGGCGCAUGUGCAUCAACAUGGAGUGGGGAGCUUUUGGCGACGAUGGGGCCCUGAAUGACAUCAGGACCGAGUUUGACCGGGAGAUUGACAUGGGCUCCCUGAACCCGGGAAAGCAGCUGUAAGUCCUGUGCCUCAGCUGCGGUUUUUUUAAAAAAAAUAUUAACCCUGGGUAGCAUCAGAAGGGCCUGCUGGGUCAGGCAGAAAGGGCCCCUUUUGCCCAGCAUCCUGUUCUCACAAAUGCCUGUUGUAGGAAACCAGCAAGCAGGCUUUGAGCACAAGAUCCCUCUCCCCUCCUGUGGUUUCUGGCAACUGCAGUGGGGCAGGAGAGCUGGAAAAUAAUCCACAUCUGGCAACCAAAAUGGCCCUUGGGUUUCAGCUAGAACGUGGGUAGACAAGUCUAAAAAGCAGGGACACAAAUUUUCACGGUGGCUCAUUUAUCAGAAGUAAUGUAUCUCUCAUUGACCCUGGAAGUGUACACUCCAUUCUGAUUUAGCUCUAGGAAGGCUUGCCUAAAUAAAAAGGUUUUCAACAUGCACUGAAAAGAGUACAGUGAAGGCACCUGCCUGGUAUCAAUAGGCAGGGAGUUCCGAAGUGUAGUGCUGCCACAUGAAAAGAUUGCUUGCUUGCAGGUGUGGAAUGAGUCUUAUGUGGUAGCUGUAACAGUGCCAAUUCCACAAAUCAAAGCAGUUGAGAGGGCGUGUCUGAAGUAAGGCAAUCCCGCAAGUAAACUAGUCCCAGUUUGAUUUUGGGAAUAUGUUUGCUGGCUUAAAGCAGGAUAUUUAGCUGGUACCAAACAAGAACCUGGGAAGUGCAGUGAAAGUUCUGCAGGGGGGUAUAUGGUUGUUGAACGCUUCCCCUGCCCAAGUGCUCCAUUUUCUUUGUGGGGGGAGAGGUGCAGGAUGUAUGGAGGGGCUGUCAUUUUCACAACUCCUUUGAGGGCUGAGCUCCUGCCCUACACAUUCUUGCCACGAUGGAGUCAUAUGCAACCCAAACUAUCCAUCAAACUCCUUUUCAAGUUUAUGGUGUGUUGGAGCUUCAGUUUCUGCUGCUGCCCAAACUCAGUCUCUCGCUCUCUCACCUUGGGGUGUGUCACAGGUUCGAGAAGAUGAUCAGCGGGAUGUACAUGGGUGAACUGGUCAGGCUCAUCCUGGUGAAGAUGGCCAAGGAAGACCUCCUCUUCGAUGGGAGACUCACUUCGGACUUAUUGACGACGGGACACUUUGAGACCAGAUACGUCUCUGCAAUUGAAAAGUGAGUGAAUGGGACUCGCCUUGUGUUUUCUGUGCUCCUAAAUCUGUAGCUUUGGAAUAGCCAGAACAAAUCCUCCUUGGUGUUUUCCCCAUGCGCCUUCUCCGGAGGGAUCCUAGGAGCCCAUCCUCAGUGGCCGACUCACCUCCUUUUUCUCUGACCGACUGCAAUCAGCACAAGGGCUGAGACAGGCAUCUCAGUGGCUGAAAAGCUCCCCUUUCACGCUGACUGGGUGGCCCUGGGAUGCUGGGGACAGGGAGCCUGUUUCAGAAAUAGUAAAGGACCUUUGACUCCCCACGACCCCAAAGCACCCCCCUCCGCUGCGCAGGAACUGCUGCCUCUUACAGACCCCCUUUGCUUGCCAUCCUGGAUUUGCAGGGAAAAGGAAGGCCUCCUGAAAGCCCAGGAGAUCCUCACGAAGCUGGGCCUGGAACCCUCCCAUGAAGACUGUGUCGCCACCCAGCGCAUCUGCGAGAUUGUCUCCACGCGCUCGGCCAACCUCUGUGGCGCUGCCCUGGUGGCUGUGCUCCGGCGCAUCAAGGAGAACAAGCGCGUCGAGCGCCUGCGCUCCACUGUUGGAGUGGACGGGACGGUGUACAAGAAGCAUCCUCAGUAAGUGGAGCAAGCAAAGCAGCCUUCAUAGCAAUGGGGGGUGGGCAAUUUGGGGUUAUUCGAAAGCAUGCCUCUUGCGUGCCAGUCCUAGAAGGGGAUGCUAUCCCAGAAUGCUCCCUCAAACAUUCCUUGUAAAGUGCUUGGUUUGCAGCAAGGGCAGACUUUUGGUCUUUCAAAUUUCACCAGCGAGGCCAAUAUCCAGCUGCCCCCACCUCUCACCUUUCAUUCUGCAUGUGCGCAAAGUGAUAGUUGUUGCACCCUGUGGCACCUCCCUCAACUUGGCACCCAGUGCUGGGGAACUGGUCUCACCGCCCUAAAUCUGCCUCUGUUUCCACACCCUUGAUCACCUUGGCCCCCGUCCUCUUCACCCCCCCCAGCUUAUCAAGAUGCUCCUUCAACUGGGGUCUUCGCUGUCUGUGCUCAGGGAGUUCAUCCUUCGGGGAGGGAAUCCAUGGUCCUCCAGAUGAUGCUUUCCCUGUCUGCCAACACCAGUGAUUUCUGGAUGUGCCAUGGGUGUGUUUGUAAUGGUUCUCUCCCCUUGCCUUGCACAGCUUUGCCCGCCGCCUUCAGAAGAUGGUGCGCCGCUUCCUGCCCGAUUGCGACAUCCGAUUCAUCCGCUCAGAGGACGGGAGCGGGAAAGGCGCGGCCAUGGUCACUGCGGUGGCUUACCGGCUGGCAGCCCAACACAAAGCGCGCCAGAAGAUCUUGGAUCCUCUGAGACUCAGCCGGGAGCAGCUCCUGGAGAUAAAGAAGAGGAUGAAGGAGGAGAUGGAGCGGGGCCUGGGCCACGAGACGCAUGACGAGGCCACUGUGAAGAUGCUGCCCUCUUACGUCUGCUCCAUCCCAGACGGAACAGGUAAAUUGGGAUGGAAAUAAUGGACAGUGUCCUUGGCCAAAUCCGGUUGGCCACUUGUGUGCAUCACUUGUAUUGGAGCAGGACUUGGGAGACACGGUUUCAAAUCCCCACUGAGCCAUGAGCAAGUCGCAGCCUCUCAUUCUAGCCUACCUCACAGGGCCAUUUUGCGGAUGAAAUGGGCAGGAGAACUAUGUGCACCACAUUGGUUUCCUUGGAGGAAAGGUGGGAUCUAAUAAUAAAAGUAAUUAAUAAUAUGACCCCUUUUGGCUUAUGGCAUCUAACCAUGGGGGUGUCAAUAUGUGUCACAGUGGUUGUGGUGGUGGCAAUUCUGGCCUCUUUUAAUGGGGUGGGAAAUUAUGCUGUUUUUCCAGAGUGCCAUUAAUUUACUGCCUCCUUUAAAAAGAGGACUGGAGGAUUCAUGGAGGACAAGGCUAUCAAAGGCUGCUUGUGGCUCUGCCCAGCCACUGCAGUUGGAGGUAGCUUCUGAAUACCAGUUGCUGGAAGCCACAGGAGAGGAAUAUUGUGCUGGCAUCCUGCUUGCAAGAGUUCGAAAAAGUCUCUGUCAGACACCUUUAGGGAGCAGAUCACUACUAAGUCUUGUGUCUGAAUUUGCUGGUGUCAGAAAGCUUUCUGUUCUGUCGACCUAUUUUCCUCCCUCUUCCCUCUCCUCAGCAAAGCCUUUUUUUAUGGACCCUGUGAAACUGUUGGAAUAAGAGACAUGACUUUGCAUGUCUGGAGUGCAAUAACAUUUUGCUUUAGAAGCUCUUGUUCUUAAGAACAUAAGAAGAGCCUACUGGACCAGGUCGAUGAGCCAUGCAGUCCAGCACCCUGUUCUCAGAGUGACCAGCCAGAUGCUUCUUAUGGGAAGCCAGCAAGCAGGAUCCAAGCACAGAGUGCUCUCUCCUCCUGUGGUUUCCAGCGACUGAUAUUCAGAAGCGUUGCUGCCUCCAAGACAUGGCCAUCCUGGCUAGUAGCUUUGUCCUCCAUGAGGUUGUCUAAUCCUCUUAAAGCCAUCCCGGUUGGUGGCCAUCACAGCCUCCUGUGGGAGGGAGUUCCAUAGUUUAACUCUGCAGUGUGUGAAGACAUACUUUCUUCUGUCUGUCCUGAAUCUUCCAACAUUCAGCUUCAUUAGAAGCCCAUGAGUUCUAAUGUUAUGAGAGGAGAAAACUGUUUCUCUCUCCAUGCCUUGCAUAAUUUUAUAAACUUAUACCAAGUCAUCUCUUACUCACCUUUUCCCUAAACUAACAAAUCACAAACACUGCAACCUAUCAUUUCAGUUUUCUCCACUGCCCUUUCUGGAGUCAGAAAGGAAUUUUCACAUGUGCCAGGUUAGCCAGAGCAGCCUCUGCCAACCUGGUGCCCUGCAGAUGGUAUCUAUCUCAACACCCAUACUAGAAGGCAGGUCUAACCCAUCCCACCCAUCUAAAAGACACCACAAAUAGUCCUCUGGGUUCAAGUGUCCUUGGAAGAUGGAGGGGAGAGGAGUGCUGAUGGCAAGUGUGUCUGUUUUUGGUUCAGAAAAGGGGGAGUUCCUGGCCUUGGAUCUCGGGGGCACAAACUUCCGGGUGCUGCUUGUGCGCGUGCGGAAUGGGAUGCGGCGAAGUGUGGAGAUGCACAACAAGAUCUAUUCGAUCCCUCAGGACAUCAUGCAGGGGACAGGAGAUGAGGUGAGCAACUCAGUGCAACACCCACAGGGAUCAAAAUGGGGUCUUUGACUUCUGAGAGGGUCAGAGAAAACUGUAGCUGAGCAGGAGAGCUCUUGGUUUGCAUGCAGAAGGUCCCCGUCAACCACAAGAUCUUGUUCCACAUGGCUGGGAACACCCAUGGCAGUCAGAAGAGAUGGUGCGAUGAUAGAUGGACCAGCUGUCUGACCUGGUAUAUGGGGAUCCUUUUCUGGCCAAAGCGCUGCCUUCUGGGCCUGUUAUAUCAGAACUCCUUUUUGCAGAGUGCCUUUUCUUCGGAUAGUAAAGGCCCUGAGUGGUGUUUUUACAGACAACCCUAACCAUUCAAGCUCAGUGCUUGCAAUCUAUGUGUUAUUAUUUACUUGAGACAUUAUUUGUUACAUUGGAUUUGCACUGUGACAAAGGCUGGGUCCCUUAGGCUGGGUCCACUUUCCCUGGAACAUCUCUCUUCUCCACCAAUAAAAAAAGACAUUUCUGCCUGAAAUGUUUCCUUGAGCACUUUGGGCAAUGAACCUCAUGCUAAGCUCUUGCUGCAAUGGGGUUGUGCGGGCCGAAUUAACUGUGACAUAAAAUAUGGUUUAUUCAGAGAAGGGCCUCAGCCGCACCCUGGAGCCUGUGCCUUAGUGCAGCGAUGUGCAUGCACUCUAUAGAGACCGAGGCCAUCCUGGCCUUUGCAAACCUGGUGUCCUCCAGGUGUUUUGGACUACAAGUUCCAUCAGACAGCACAACUAAUGGGAUUUGUAGUCCAAAAGCACCUGGAGGGCAUCAGGUUGCUGGAGACUGGCUUAUCCUGUUCCCUCUGCUGACCUCCCUCAAGAGCCCCCCACUGCCCUGUCCAGAAUGCAGCCCUUAUCCCACAAUGAGGAAGUUAGUGGCUGCAUUCCCAAGAUUGCUUUAAAUGAUGUUGGUAGUUUGCAGAAGAACUUUAAAUGCAAGAUGGCUUCAAAUGAUGCUGGUAGUUUGGUCCAGGAUAGAGAGCAGCUCAGUCCUGCUCACUUUGUGAUGCCAGCAAGACCCACCUGAGGCCCCGUUCAGCUGCUCUGAGCCGUCUUCUCCCGACUCCAUUUUGCACUUCUGCCUUUCAGCUCUUUGAUCACAUUGUCCACUGCAUUGCUGACUUCUUGGAGUACAUGGGGAUGAAAGGCGUGUCGCUGCCUCUCGGAUUCACCUUCUCUUUCCCUUGUCACCAGAACAGCCUGGAUGAGGUGAGCUUCGUUUGGCUUCUCCCUCCACCGUAAGUCAUUCCUGCAAGCACAACAUGCUAGCCAGCUGCAAAAAGGACAAGACAAUGUGUUUUACAACAAAGCUGGCUCAUUAGGCUAAGUGGAGCUAUCAAAUGCAAUCUCUGGCAGAGAUUUGGGGGAAAGGAAACUAAAUGCUGGCAAAGUUUUCCUGCUAGCACACAUCACGCUAAAUCAGCCUUCCUCAGUCUGGUGCCUUCCAGAUGUUUUGCACUAUUGUCACAUUGGUCCCUGCAUCGUACAGGCUUGGGUUGAUGGAAGCUGUAAUCCAAUCAGGAGGGCACCAGGAUGGAGAGGAUGCACUGAAUCAUAGUCUAAGCUGAUGUGCAAACAUGGCGUGCUUGACCUUGCAAUGAUCCUAGGAUACAGUUCUUGAAUUGCAUCCUUUUGCUUUUAUCAAGGGAACUGUACCCUUGACAAUUUUGUGUUUGCAUAACUUCUUUCUUCUUCUCCUUCUUCUUCCUCCUCCUCUUCCUCUUCUUCUUCUUGUCUUAAGGCAAUUCUCCUGAAAUGGACCAAAGGUUUCAAUGCUUCUGGUUGUGAAGGGGAAGAUGUGGUUAGCCUGCUGAAGGAGGCCAUUCACCGGAGAGAGGUACGUUCCUGUCAGACAAGUGUGACAAAAUAUGCAACUUGUGCCUCAGAUCAGCCUCCAUACCUGAGGAUGGGGAAGCAGCCAAUGUAACACUGGUUUUGAAAAGAGAUCCUGGAAGUAUCAGGCUAGUUAGCUUAACAUCUGCCCCAGGAAAACUGGUGGAAAGUAUUGUUAAGGAUAAAAUAACCAGGCAUAUAGAAGAACAAGCCCUACAGAAGCAGAGCCAGCAUGGCUUCUGCAAAGGCAAGGCCUGUCUUACAAACCUAUCAGAGACCCUAAAAAUCUAAUAAAAUAAUUUAUUGGUUGUGAUCAGAGGAGUACUGACCCAACAAGCAGGGACUGUACCAUUGGAAUGGCCUCUGCAUGCCUAGUUUAUUUUGUGUACUUGAUCCUUGUUUUUGUGUUGGUGGAGGUCAUCCGCCCCUGCCCCCCCGGCUGAAUUUUGGAAAGAUUCUGGCUUUCAUUCAGCACCUGAGGCCAAACCUUUGCUCCCUCUUUCUCAGGAGUUUGACCUGGAUGUGGUGGCCGUGGUGAAUGACACAGUGGGCACCAUGAUGGCCUGUGCGUACGAAGACCCCUUUUGUGAAGUUGGGCUCAUUGUCGGUAAGGUUUCGUGUAUUCAUUUAUUUAAUGAAAUGUAUAAGUAUGCAUAAGAAAUGUAUAAGAAACACACAAAUAUGAAUGUGUGUGCACGUGUGUUCACACAUGUGUGUGGUAGCCAGACCUGCUUUUGGCAACGCCCACAGCUGUCUUGUGAGCACCAUGCGGCUGGCAGAGGCUGAAUGCAGCCCUCAGGCCACGGAAGUUCGGCUGUCGCUGCUCUGGUCCCUGUUUACUACCCUGCCCGCUUGCAGCAGGGUGUCUCUCCCCCCCCCCCCCCGUGUGUGAUGCUGACCUGUGUUGUGGCUUCCCAGGCACAGGCAGCAACGCCUGCUACAUGGAGGAGAUGAAGAACGUGGAGCUGGUGGACGGGGACGAGGGCCGGAUGUGCAUUAACAUGGAGUGGGGGGCCUUUGGCGACAGUGGCUGCUUGGAUGACUUCCGGACGGAGUUUGAUGCCGCCGUGGAUGAAAACUCUCUCAAUCCUGGGAAGCAAAGGUGGGUGGGAGGUUUUCCCUCCUCUUCCUCCUCCUCCUCCUCUGUGUCUAAUACAUACCAGCCUCCCAUCAAGGACUCUGUAGGGGAUGUUUCAGGUUUGCUAAAGUCCUUGUUCGCUAAGCUCCUCCCGAUGUUCUUAUGGAGGGAAGGUAUCUUCCCAUGGAUGCUUGCCUCUCCAUGCUGAUCAUGUUUACUUCUAAACUGAAUUUCCCUCGCAGCAAAAAAUAAAAAUGAAAUAAAAACCCCUUCCCCUUUACUGUCUUAGGUUCGAGAAAAUGAUCAGCGGGAUGUACUUGGGUGAAAUUGUCCGAAACAUACUGAUCGAUUUCACCAAGCGAGGCCUGUUGUUUCGUGGGCGGAUCUCCGAGCGGCUGAAGACGAGGGGAAUCUUUGAGACCAAGUUCUUGUCUCAGAUUGAGAGGUAGGUUGGGGGCAAAAUGGUGGGCUGGGCGGGAACAACCUAAAGGCAAAAGCGGUUUGGAAGUGGAGCCAAUUGCCUCUCCCACCCUCUGGAGGUAUUUAAGCAGAGGAUGGACAGGCUGUCUGCUGGGGUUGUGGCCAUUUCAUCCUGUAUCGCAGGACUAGAGGACCUCUGCUCCUGUGAACCCUUUGUCCCCUGAAGCCACGUUCACACGAUACGUAUAAAGUGCUGUGAUACCACUUUAAACCGUUACGGCUUCCCCAAAAGAGCUUGGGGAGCUGCCGUUUGUUAUGGUGGGUGAGAGUCGUGAGGGGGCCCCUAUUCCCCUCCCCAAGCUACAAUUCCUGGAGUGGUUUAACAACUAGUCCCUCUUCCCAAGGAACUCUGGGAAUUGUGGUUCUGGGAGGAGAAUAGGGGCCUCCUAGCACUUAUCUGUGUGCUACGCGAGUGGCGCUGUGGGUAAAACCUCAGCGCCUAGGACUUGCCGAUCGCAUGGUCGGCGGUUCGAAUCCCCGCGGCGGGGUGAGCUCCCGCCUUUCGGUCCCAGCUCCUGCCCACCUAGCAGUUCGAAAGCACCCUUAAGUGCAAGUAGAUAAAUAGGUACCGUGUUAUAGCGGGAAGGUAAACGGCGUUUCCGUGUGCUGCGCUGGUGCUGGCUCGCCAGAGCAGCUUCGUCAUGCUGGCCACGUGACCCAGAAGUGUCUCCGGACAGCGCUGGCCCCCGGCCUCUUAAGUGAGAUGGGCGCACAACCCUAGAGUCGGACGCGACUGGCCCGUACGGGCAGGGGUACCUUUACCUUUACCUUUUAGCACUUAUCUGUACCCUUAAGAAACUACAGGGUCCAGAAUUCUUUGUGGGAGGUUGUGACUGUUUAAAGUGGUAUCAUAGCGCUUUAAAUGUAUUGUGUAAAUGUGGUCUGAGUCUUGUAGGAACUUUUCUGUGGAAGAGGUUACUUAUGAGUGACUCCCAGUCUUCUGGGUGCUGGACAUCAGCACUGGCCAAAGUGUGGGUGGGAAUGACAAGACUCUGCAGGGCAAGGCGGAAGAGGAAGCGAUGUGUGAGAUGAUCCUUUGGGGAGCCUGCCUGGGCCAUUGUAGAGCUGCCCAGUCAGGGCUGCAUGGCUUGUUGGCGUAGCCUGAGAAUCAAACAUUGCACUGCACCAUUACCAGCAUUCAUGUGUUUGAUUAUAUUUAUUUCACAAGAUUUAUGCAUACUUGAUUGUUAAAAACACACACCUCCAUACAGUUUGUGAAAAAGAUAAAACAGCAAAAUUAUCAAGGAGAAAAAUGAAGAAAAAUAAAUUUAAACUUUUAAAAAGUUGAAAUCAGAUUAAAACUUUCUGAACAUCCGGGCAGGCUUGUCUAACACAAAUGUUUUUAGCAGACACCUGCCUGAUGUCCAGAGGCAGGGAGUCCCCAAGUGUAGGUAAGAGACCGAGUCCUUACAAAUGCAGAAUGAGAAUUUUGAAGCACCUGAAACCGCACCAGUUCCGCAGAUUGAAGUGGUCAGGAGGGCAUACGUAGGCUCAGGUUAUCUUGCCGAUAAACAGAUCCCAAGUUGCCAAGGGCUUUGCAUACUAAUAAUAACACCUUGAACUUGGCAUAGGAGCAAGUCAGCAUUAAGGGCAGGUCUCUGAGCACAGGUGUUCUGCGCAGACAGGGUCUCCUUCCUGCCAGCAGUUGUGCUUCAUCAUUCUGCACUGACUGCAACUCCCCACCUAUGUGGCUCUCGCUGUGAGAUUUGCUGCCACCUGGUGGCUAGUGAACCUACUGCAUAGCAUUCUCUCACUGGCACCCGAAUUCCAGUGGUAUCUCCCUUUGGGCACAACUGGGCAAGACCUUGACCCCGUGGCCAAAGCCUCUUCCCACAAACAUUAGCAAAGGAAAUAUGUGAUAGGAUGUCUUCGUGAUGUUUUCUCUCGAUUAGCAGCAAGGCUGAAAAAGAGCCAGGGUGAUACAGUGGGACUAGGAAUGUUGGACGAGGGACUGGGAGACCAGGGUUCAAAUUGCCAUGAAGCUCACUGGGUGACCUUGCGCCUCGGGUCACUCACUCCCAGCCAAACCUACCUUGCAGGGCUGUUGUGGUGAUUAAGUGAAGAGGGGGCGAACCCUGUACGCCACCCUGAGCUCCUGGGAGAAAAAGGAAUAAGUGUGAAUGCAAUGGCACUGCAAAGCAUAGUGAUAUCACCACAGGGCCCUUUUUUCUGAAGGGAUGUGACGGGCAGAACUGGACUGCCAUGCUCAGCGUUGCAGGGUCUGUUGCUGCAUCUCACUAAAUAUUUGAAAUAUUUGAAUGAGGGACUAGUGGGAUUCUGCAUGGUGUAUUCCUUUGGAAGCAACUCUCCAGGAGUCUGCAAGUUUUGGCCAACCAAAGUGCAAGCUCUUCCUGACCGUACCUCCAAAAUGCAGGCAGGGUCUGGGACAGUCCCCAGCUCUGAGCACGGAGGGGGAGAGGCGGACCUUGCAUGCUCUACCGCUAGUCUUGGGUGGUCCAGGAAGAAAAGGCUCGGGUUUUAUCUGGUUUGGUGCUUCUGCACAGCGCCUCCUAGCUUCAGGUGCCUGGAACUGCGAUUCCCCUUCCUGCUCUACAGCUGGGGUAACUGGACUGCCUUCUGUCCAUCCUGGCAUAGCUGUCAAGAAGCGCCUGCCUCUGCUCCUCCCAACUUUCUCUCUCUCUUGACCCCUCCAGCGACCGCCUCGCCCUCCUUCAGGUCCGCUCCAUCCUCCAGCAUCUUGGACUAGAGAGCACCUGUGAUGACAGCAUCAUCGUGAAAGAAGUGUGCACAGUGAUUGCCCGGCGUGCCGCCCAGCUGUGUGGGGCAGGGAUGGCUGCGGUGGUGGACAAGAUCCGAGAGAACCGUGGGCUAGACUCCCUGAAAAUCACUGUCGGCGUGGAUGGGACCCUGUACAAGCUCCAUCCUCAGUAAGUCUUCUUUCAGCAAGACCUUGCCUCUGGGAGGGCUGGAGGGAUAGCGUUGGACCUGCAGUGUUGCUGCUUCUGCACAGAAUUGGGAAGGGGUGGGGUGGGGCAUGUGUGUGUUAAUCAGGCUCUCUCUGGUUCUAGGACUUUAACCCAUUCACCCAGAGUUGAGUGUAUACUUUUGCAAUAAUAUUCCUGCACCAAAGUCACCCCAUCCUGCAACCUGAUUCUGUGCAAAGUUUUGUGCUCUGAGCUCCUGGCAUCUCCUCAUCCCAGCGUGGCCUUGCUUGGGCCCCCUGCUUUUGUUUGCAAGCAGACCUGCAGCAAAAAUAACUUCCAAACUCUUGUAUGAUUUCAACCAGCCUUCCUUCCUCUGUGUACAGUUGAAAUUGUGCAAGUUAAAUGUGCGUAAGAUGUGGUCUAACUGUACAGUGUUUUGCAUGAAAUUAAGUGGGGGGCGGGGGCGGGGGGAGAAGAUCAAAACUCCUUUACUUCUCAUGUCUGCAAAUACUUAAGAUUAGAAUUGAUGGUACUUUUAUUAUUAAUGGUAGGGCAAAGAAAAUUAAGCCAUAAGCAGCUUAAAAUAUAAAGGGGAGGGAGGAAUGGGUGGGGUGACCAGGAUAAGAGAGGAACGAGGUGCUUAGCUAUAAGCUCUGCCUGCAAUGGGGUGUCUGACUGGCUGGUCAGACAAAUUCAUAGAGUAGAGAGCUAUUGGUAGCUACCAGACACAUUGGCUAUACUCUGCCUCCGUGAGAUGCCAAAUUGAAUUCAAUAUUUUUUGGGGGGUGCAUUUAAGCCCCACCCUGCAUAAUUGAUCACAAGACACGGCACACACAUGCCAUUUGAAUGGCAAUGCCUAUCAGCUUUUUUUGGGGGGGGUGGCCCCCUCAAAUAUUUUAUGGGGGGGGACCUUGUCCCCUAGGGCUGACUCCUGUGCCAGAGACAGCACUGCUUCUGAAUGCCAGAUGCUGGAAGCCACAAGAGGGGAGAAGGAGGCCCUUGUGAUCAAAUACUGUUUUGGGCAUCUUCUUGGCGACUGAGAAAAACAAACCCCUGUGUUGCAGUGAGAACCAAUCACAGAAAUAAAGACACAACAUGUAGGCUAAUAACUGUUAGAGCAUAUAUAAUAGAAUAAUGAUAUCAUUCAAAAAGUAGAAAUAAAUCUGUUAGAGUUCAUAUAUGCAAUGUAACAGACUAGUGGCACAGAACGUUGAGCCGUGUGUUCAAGAUAGGCGUCAAAGGUCAGUCUCACAAUGGUUAUUCAAAGGUUUCAACAGAAGACGUCUCAAAAGUCUAAAAAGCAAAGUUUUCUCAAUCUUUUUCAAAAGUUUCAUGUUCUGCGCCACUAGUCUGUUACACUGCAUAUAUGAGCUCUAAUAGAUUUAUUUCUACUUUUUGAAUGAUAUCAUUAUUCUAUUAUAUAUGCUCUAACACGUUAUUAGCCUAUGUGUUGUGUCUUUAUUUCUGUGACUGGCCACUGUGAGAGCAGGAUCCAGAAGAGCUCUCCUCCUGUUCUUACGGCUAGCUUCCUCCCGACCCCAACUUAUUCUACUCUCCCUUUUCCCGGCAGCUUCUCUACCGUCAUGCGCGAAACCGUGAAGCAGCUCUCUCCUAAGUGCGAGGUGACCUUCCUCCAGUCGGAAGAUGGCAGCGGCAAGGGCGCAGCGCUCAUCACUGCUGUGGCGUGCAGGAUCCGGGAGGCGGGCCAGCACUAGGCCCCCAGGUCAGGAGAGCUGGGCCCAGCGGAUCCCCAGCUGCGCCUGCCCCUCACUCCGCUCAAGCCCUUGAUCACCGCUGGCCGGAUCCUCGCUUUACUUCUUCUCCAAAGAUGCCACUCCUGUGACCCAAGGCCCUACAUUCCCCAUGCAAAAAGUGUCCCCUUUGCCCCUCUGCAUGCCAUACGAGCACAUAUCGAGUCAAGCAUCCCGUGGUGUCUGCGUGUCUCCCUCACACCACUGCUGGUUCAAACCCAAAAUCUCUCUCUCUCUCUUGCGUACACAGUGUUGGUGUUAGAUCUCACCUGUUAACCUCCCCACAACCUGUGUCUUCCGUAAAAAAGGUGGGCAACCGGGACACCCGCGUUGCCGCUUUGCAACCUGUGGUCUCUGUCUGUGUCUGUUUCCAAACUGCAGGAUCAGUCCUAGCAGAAGAAUACAAAAGAAGGGUAAACCUGGCUUGAAUAUUGGGCUUGAAGGAUCAAGGUGGUGCUGUUUCCAUGAAAGCCACGGCAUCUCAUUGUUAUUAGUAGUGUUGUUAUUUUUAAAAGCACAGGGUAUACCCAUUUCAAGAGUAGAAUGCUGUGGAAGGGUGCUGAAUCCGGGGAACGUGGGAGCAUUCUGCUGUCAAAAACACCUGUUUGCAUUGCAUUUCAAGGUGAAGAUGCUAGCAUGUGCCUGGGAGUGUUUCAGGGCUCCUGGGAUGGUCCUGUCUUCCAGCCUGCUCUUCCUCCAUUAGCACUGCAGCUUGGUUGAUAGCGUGUGUGGAGGGGCUGGCCAGCACAUCUGGGGGUUUGGUGACUGGGGUUGCAUUGUCCCUGCUUUCUGCUGCUACUCCUGUAAAUAGAGCAGUCACCAAACAGAAGCUUGUUUACCCCUUCCCUCAAAAGUUUUGCAUUGCACUAUCUUUUUACCUGGGUUUGGGGAAUAACUUAUUAUAUUUUGUCUGUGAAAAUAGCACCUUCACCUUACCUCACAACUGGCUCGACACUUUGGAACAAAUGUCUUGCGAGCUGUACCUCUCUUUCUGUAUAUAGUUGGGGGCUGGGGGGGUGUUCUUGUGUGAAUAAUAGUGUUGGCAGGAGUGCAGGGCUGAAGAGCAUUUUGGGGGUUCUGACAAGCAAAAAUGUUUCCGAGGGUGGGGUUGGUGGGUGGAGGGGUGGACAGGAGCAGUGGAUCAAGACAGGGAGGAAAAAAAGGAGAAGGCUUGAGACAGUUCAGGGCUGAUCAGAGGAAUAGGAAAAUGUGAAGCCUAUCCGUUAGCAGAAGGCGAAAACUGGCCACGUUCUCAUCACCACUACUGGAACUUCAAUCUCUCUCUCUCUUUCUCUUUGGGCUCAGUCCUGUAAACACUUUUUCUGGAGCCUCUGUUCCUUUCGGAGGCGCACGGGUUUGUUGCAAUGAAUCGAGGCUGUGCAGCUGUGGUGCAAACUUGGGCUGUCUCUUUCACCUGCUACUCGGUUAGCGUUGGUGGAGCAGGGUAAGGGCUUAACCUGUUUGGGAAAGGCAACGUUCUGCAUCUCUUAAGCAUGCCAUAAAUCCACUAGUGGCCAAGUUUAGCCCUGAGGCCACGAGAGAUACAGUGGGAAAUGAAUGGUUGAAUGUAGAAUGUGCUCCAAACCUUUUUUGGAUUCUCAUUUUAACUGGCAAAGGCCAUCACUGAGCCCUUCUUAUUGACUUCCAGUUGCUCACCAGUUUGGUUGUUGCUGAAAGGAGGAAAUAGAUGGUGUUUGCUAGUGGGAAAUUGCUACUCUGGGAGAAACCGCCAAGCAGUGUGUUUGUACUACAAUAAAGAAAAGAAUAUUUUUGGUAUCUAUUUAAUGCAAGACAAUGCCUGCCUGUGAUGUACACAAGAAAUCCUUGGUGAGGCUGUGAGUUUGAAGAUAGAUUUUCCCCUCUAUUUUUUUAUCUUUAUAUCUGUAUCUAUAUAUUUAUAUGGUUUGGAAUAACUAGUACCAAAAGAGCAUCUCCACUGGUGAGAUCCUGAGGCAGAUGAAAAGCACAUUACUUUCUCCUCUUUUUUUUUAAAUGUUAAAUGUUUGCAUAUUUUAUAAAAGUUUCAAAGUUGCAAUGAAGAUGAAAAUUCUGAAAAUAACCUCUGGGUAGAAAUGGCAGGCUGGGAAUCUGAGGAAUGUCCCAACAUCAAGAUACAUCAAGAGUAUUUUUGUAAUAAAAGAAAAAGAAUUGACCAAUGCAAUACCAAACAGCUUUACGUAACGGUUUUACUGGAAAUAAUUAUCCCAUCCUGCUGAAGGAAUUGAAACACAAGUCUUUCAUCUAUUGUAUAAUGGAGAAAUUGAUCAUAAUGUAUAUUUUUUUAACUUGAAUAUUACGUGGUUGCUGGAUUGUACCUCCUCUGGAAAAAAAUGUAUUUCACUAGUAGUGAACUUUCUUUGGUGAACAGCAGGUUUUUAUUUGAUGGUGAUUGUUUUAUGAAAAGGGAAAACAGUAGCAAUAAAAUUAUGUUUUGUGUGACAAUUUGGGUCCAGACUCUCUGCCACAGUUCCAUGAGGUGAAAUGCAAAGGUCCCUAAAUCAUUUGGCCGGAUUUUGAGAACAUAAAAACAAUCCUGAUGGUUCAGAGCAGUCGUGGUUCCACCUGGCCCAGUGUCCUGUUCCCAACAGUGGUCAGCCUCUGGGAAGCCCACAGUAGCUGCACUCAGGAGGUCCUGGCUAGCUCUUAAGACUAGCAGCCAUCAAUAGGCUUUUCUGUUGAUUUGGCCUAAUUUUCCUUAGCUGUGCAAAGGGUCUCCUGCACUCUGCUCCUACCAGCUGUUUGGCUCUACCAUGAGAGUUUCAGCAAGGAGCAGAAUCUCCUUCAAGGCAGCCUCUGGAGAGUUUUUCCAGCAGGCUGGUGGAAGCUGCUAUAUAGACUAUUUUUAAUUCAGAGACAGCUCCUCCAGGGACUGUGACAGUCCCAUCCCUAUUCUGUAUCAGCCAGAAGAGCAAAAACUCC